AUGGUUGUAUUAAUAAGAAAUACUUGUCUUUUUCAAGGUGAAGAAAAGCCUCACGAAGAUAUAGGAGAUCCUUCAAAAGAAUUAGUGGAUAAAUUCAAUGAUUGGACCUAUAGAGAUGCAUCAUACAUCUUUGCAUAUUAUGCUGUUGAUUAUCUAUUACUACUUGUAGCAAAUUUAUACCCUCCAAGAAAAUUGCCAGAAUUUUAA